CAAUCGGACUCAUGAGAAGGAGGAAGCAAUUGUUUGCUGAAUCAACCGAAAGACAAUUUUAUUAUUUCCAGAACAGAAUCCUAAGAAACCACUACAACCUUUCUUGAAACAAAACCAGUUACUGUUUUUGUUUUUCUUGCAUGAAUGAAUUGAAUUCUAUUAUCUAUUCUUCGAAAUGGAGACUUUACCUUUGGAAAUCUGUAUGAAGAUAUUCUGUUUCUUAGAUCACCACCAUCUUGCUGUUUCUCAACAAGUUAAUAGGAAGUGGAAGCUCAUGGCCUCAGACAAUGCUCUAUGGGCAAACCUCUUUAAGGAGAGAUGGGGAGAAGACCGUGCUGCCUUCUACGCUCCUAAUGGUUCAAAAUCAUGGAAAGAAGUAUAUGAGGUGCAAGAUCGCUGUGAUCGAGUUGGACUGGGUUUGAAGAUUAUUAGAGAAGGAAGUGAUUACUAUCUUGUUCACCAAGGGGAAGUUCAACGAUAUCUGGGAUCAAGAAAAAUUCCGCGGCAAGUAACGGAUCAUUCCUUUAGUUCAGAAACGGACUUAACUGAAGGAAGUUCUCAAGCUGAAGAAAGAUCGUGUCGAGGAAUUUUGGACAAAAUCCUUUUUUUCAUUGGGGAUUUGGAAGCUGCUUCUGUUGAUGCCAAACGCAGCCGUGUGAUAUAAUGAUCUCUAACAUCCAAUCCAAUACUGAAGUUCAUUGUUGAACUUCUUUGCAAUUGUAUGUAAGCAUUAUUUUUAUGUAUAUGCUAAUUCAAUAAAUAUGUAUUGAUAUCUUAUUAUAAUGAAGUUAUGUGUAUGUAUGAAAAAAUAAUGGUAUUGGGGUGGGCACAUUAUUGUUAUAAUUUCUAUUCACUGGAUAUGUAAUAUAAAAAGUCUGAUUAUAUAUCUUACUAUGAUGAAGUUAUGUGUUUUAAGUAACACUUUUGUUCUUGAAAUUUGAAACCUACGUGAAAUAAAUUCACUGACGCACUUCUAUAUAUGAUUCUUUGUUCCAAGUGAGGUUCCAGUGCCCCAAAAAUCACCUCAGUAUGUGUCAUUUGAAAGUUCCUUUGAAUCUAAAUCGGUACUACUAUGGUUAAUGCCAUAAUCAUAAUCUUCAAGAUCAAAAAGGACAUGUCUUCUGCACUUAUAAUUGGGAGUGUUGUUCCACCAUAUCCUCUAAAUCAGAAUCAUCCUCCGGCCAACCAACCAUCGACACUAUAAAUAUAUAUGAUAGUACAAACCAACAAACUCACACCAAAGCAGCGUCAAAUAAACUCGUUUAAAAUGGUGGUAAUGUUGCUUGAGCUGUGCCAAAACAAAGCAACGUAGGAAGAGAGAUGAGAAGAGAAGGUGAAGAGAAUGUGAGGAAAGAGAUCGUGAAUAAGAU